CUUGUUUUGAUUUAUAGAAAACAUGGCCCUCGCCGCCGCGGGUCGAUCGGCAAUCCGAUUUUUGCAGCUCCCAACGAGUGGCCUGCUCGCUCCGUGCCUCCAGAAUGGCUCCAUCAUCCAUCAGCAGCAGCAGCAGGUGCGGCACCGGCGCACCAAACACUGGGACCCGAAAUGGAAACGGUUGCGUAAAGCCAAGUUCGUCAAGAUCGACAUUCCGAACCUGAACGAGCGGCCGGAAGAUUUAUCGCAGGAGCAGAUGAAGACGCGCAUGAAGGAGCGCGGAAUCCUACCGCCGCGACCGUGGCUCGAACGUCCGUUCUACAUCAGCUGCACCGGGGGUGUGUUUGAGCCGUACGUACCACCGGAAGGGGACGGCCGGAUGUCGGCAAUUUCGCGCGAAGGUGCUAAACAGGCGAUCGAACAGCUGGAGAAGAAAACCAAAUCCAUGAUGGCCAUUCGAAAGAUACGGAGCUACGAUGAGGACUUUGAUGCACGCGAUUUCGCCACGCAGGCUCAGGAUAUCUACAUCCAGGCCCACCAAACGAUGUGCGAGAAGAACAAAUACAAGCUGCGCGAGAUCGUCACCGAGCGAGCCUACCCGGAACUGAUGCACAAUGUGGCGGACAAAACAAUCCGCUGGCAGUUCAUCAAGUCUCUCGAGCCGCCGCGCGUUGUGCAUGCUCGCUGCACCGAUGUCAUCACGAAGGAGAACAUUUUCGCUCAAGUGACGGUACGAUUCCACAGUCAGCAGCUACUGGCCAUCUACGAUCGCUUUGGUCGGCUGAUGCACGGUAGCGAGACGAUCGAGAAAGAUUGCCUGGAGUAUGUGGUGUUUGAGAAACAUCUGGCCAACGAGUACGGUGUGUGGCGAUUGCACGAGAAAAUCAUCCCCGAGUGGAUGCCACCGAAGGCGCCAGCUUACAUUACAUACCGCGUUGACGAUGAACCACCACCGCCGCCUGAGCCGACUGAUGUAGUCGAGACAAAGGACGUCGUUGCGGCGAAGGAGGGCAGCAAGACCGAAGCAAGCACCGUCUCAGCCUAGGGACGUGCUGGAUGCAUGUGGUUAAUGUUACAAACUAUGCAUUAUUAGUCGUAUGAAGGUAAUAAAAGUAAACCCAAAUCGA